AUGGCUUCCUAUAAGUCACAAUACCCUCCCACAAGGAGGAUGGAGGACCGAGCGCCCACCACUCGGUUACCUCAGCGUUCUAUCACUCCUACCACAACCACAUCGCAGUUACCUACGCCAAGCCAGUCUAAGCUGCAAAAGAAAAGGCCAUCAAGAGAUGACGAGGUAAUCUCCAGAGGCCCCAUAAGUCAACAAGAGCCUGUACAGACAGCCAGCUCUCGCCAAAGGAAAACCAACAGAUCUACGCCCAUGUUUCCUCAACAACCAAGCGUGACAGGCUCAAAACCAACACCACAAACCUCGACUUCCCGACUACCUAAGCUUGAAGUUCCUCAAAGUAUACGCACACCUUCCCUUGCCUCAGGCUCAUCAGCAUCCACCAUUGAAAGUCCUCGAUCGAAUGUGCUUAGGAGAAAACAAACAAGUGUUGGAGUUACGAGUGGUCGACAAGCUACGUGCAUCAGAGACGAUUCCAUGUCUUUUCAGGAUGACAGGCAAAUGAUGGAGGGUAUACCCGGUGGAUACAAAGACCCUUUCUCUGACACGGUUUUGGGCAUUUCGAUACCGUCAUCUUCGACAAUCCUUGCUCGCUCCGAGCCUCAACUCGAUUCCUUCGGUAACUCGUUUUACGACUAUGAGAUCGGCCCGACAGAUAUACUCCCACUCCCAAUGCCACAGUAUGCGCUUUCUACCACACCAUCAACACGAUAUUCAGAGUCACCUGGGCCUUUCAGUGUCUCAUCGACCCCAACAUCGAUGUCGUCCUACUCCCCUGGCACCACACUGUCAAGAGCUUCAAACCGCACACGACAAGUCAGUCCAUUACAAAGUAGGCCGCCUGUAUCCCGGCACAAGACUCCGGACGAGAUCAAUAGCCGUCAUCCUCACACACUGUCUACUGUUACAGAGUCUUCUACGUCGUCGUCAUCAGCAUCCACCGUUGUAACAGAAGGAGCAAUGUACAAAGAUACCCAAUCGUCGACAGGUCUUGCCACUCUACCUCAGAGCCCUCGGGUAUCAGAAGUAUUUUCAAGUACGGUAGAGAAGCCACGCACGCAGGCGCCUCCCGAAUUCGCUCAUCUUGCUGAUCAAUCACCCGUAACAAUACCAACGGGUAGAAGACCCUCAAGGCCUAGUAGGGACGGCACUCCUGAGCUAUCGGGACUCCGAGGCCCUUCGCCAAUAAUUCAAAGCAACAUGCUAAACUUCCCAUCCCAUCACAGACGCACUGUAUCGAACGAAUCCAGGACUACACCAAUUGCAAGCUCCAAGUUCAAUGUUCCAGUCAAACCGUCUUCGCGAAACCCGUCGCCAAACCCUGCUUCAGCAUUGCCAGCAGUCGCUCGGGCAUCAGCACGCGGACCCGCAUCAGACACUCACGAUCGGAACCCCCGAAGGAUCAGUGCAGGCCCAAGCCCCGCCCCUACCCAUGCGCCAAGUUCAAGCAAGAGUUCUCGGUUUGGAUUCUUCACACGCCGAACAAAGACCGAACCUAUACCAUCCGCGAAGUCUGAGAGCAAACUCCAGCGCAGAGGGCCAGCUGCAGGCACAGGACAUGAAGGCUACGGCAGAUAUGCUGUGAGAGGCCGCAGUGGAAGUUCAGUUAGUACCAACAGUAUUGGACGGUCCGCUAGCGCCGGAACUACCACUGAAAGUUUGGACAAGACACCCUCGACUCGCAAAAGCAGUAUGACCAGCACAACGAGCGGAGACAUGGACGACUUUUACCUGAAUCGACUUGCUCCUGUUGUUAUUCGAGGUACGGGAUAUAGCUCCGAGCUUUCACGCAGCCCUGAACCGAUGCAGAGUAGCAGUAGUCUUGAUAUCUCUGUCAAUCAAGGACUAGAGCUAAAGAAGACUGUAAGCAACACGUCGCAAUCAGCACUGGAAAAGGGUCGCCCAACGCUGCUACCCUCAGCGAUGCCAGACAAUAUGCGUGGAGCUUCUCCUAUGAAGAGGAUGACCCCGGGUUCACGGAAGCCAUCUGAGAGCGACGAUGACACCAAGCGAUCGUUUUUACCUACUACAACCUCAAAGCGAACGUCACAGGCGUUACAGAGCGCUCAAGGUCCCGGUAAACACUCGGCCUCUGCUAGUCGUUCUGGAAAGAUACGCAAGAACUCUACAGGCGAGGCAGCUACUGAGGUCAAGGAGAGCAGUUGGCUGAAGUCAUCGAAGAAGAGCAAGGCAGAGAAGGAGGCGGCCCCGAAACCGGCCAAGAGAUGGAACUUCUUUCAAAGGGCGCACGCAGGACCACGCGCAGCCACACCGGCAGCCCCUGUAGCCAGUCCUGAGAACAAGACCGUCGCGUCUCGCUCUGUUGCGCACUAUGCGUUGAUGGACCAAUCCGGACUUGAACUGGACGAUAUUGAGCAGCUAAUGCAGGAAGCUGACGAGGGAACGGAGAGCGCCCUUUCGGACGAUGAACCAGGGAGGAGAGAGCGAAUGCAAUCCAUGCUACUGCCACCCAAGCCAGUCUUGCCGCCUAGCUCCGCGCUGCCUGCGCGUUCGGCUUCACCCAAGGUCUCUUUGCGCCCAGAGGCACAGUCACAGCCACAAGUACAGCAGCAUCAGCAAAGCAAGUUGAGCAUCGACACUAGGGUUCAACCAACACACCAAUACAUGGAUCGCUAUUCACAGGCAGACUUGACACCAUUUACGGAUAUCUCUCGACCUUCUUCUCCCUUCAGAGCACCAUCAACAGAACAAGACGAACCUACUAAGCCCGAAUCAGCCAAUGUGGAGCAUAACCAAGGUUACUUCGAACUUCCUCAAGAGAUUGCUUCACCUGGACCUCCUCCGGUAAGCCCGCCGCCGCGACCAAGCCGCUUGCCCCAAGUAGGCCGGAUACCCCAAGUUAUAUCAACUCGUCGUCAGGCCCGGGGCCCCUCUUCUCAGUCGUUCUCUCGUCCCUUCGUGUCGAACCAACCUCGUCCAGCGGCCAUUCCGCGAACAUCUUUCGAUUCUAUCGGCUCGGUCGUUGCGACUGCUGCUCCUGUCGAGCCAUAUCCGAUCUUGCAAGGCUUGAAUGCCCUAGCACAUGGAUCAGCAAUCGCGACUAUCAGCCCUAUGGAUGCCGAGCUCAACCGUCGCAGCGAAUUCUUCAGGUUCCCACCACGCAAAGACUCAGAAGUAUCCUACUCGAGUAGUUCGGGUAUCUGGAGUUUUGCACCUGCUCCCAGCACAGCUGUCGUUCCGACUGCUGGGGCACCAUUGUCUGAUGAUGAGCUCUGGAAUGAAUAUGAUGACCUCAUCGAUGAAGUGCUUUCGCCGGUCACUUCUCGGACGAGUGAGAAUAAGCGAAGGUCAGCUGAGGAUGAGCACAGUUUGCGGAGCCACCCGUCCCUUGAGCCAAUGCCUCUGAGGCCGAAGGCACUCUGCAACACUUCAGGGGCCGAGAACGAGUAUGAGGAGGUUGAAAAUCCAUCUCUACACCUUCGUCGUUCUCGCCUGCUUGCGGUCUUACACUCCACCCAGUCUCCCACAUCGUCGGUCGCUUUCUCGGAGUUUCUCUCAGAUUAUGGCGAGAAAAAGAUCAGCGUUAUUGACCCGGUCACAGGGAGACUCAGCUUACCCGUCAGCCCUCGGCUUUCGUCAGGGUCAGAUGCGAAACGCGCAACUCGCUCCAGUCUUCCAGUGUCCUUGCCCCAGAGUGCACGACAAUCAGGAGCUACUGUUGCUUCGAGGUCAAGCAAAGAUCGCGACAGUGUCAACACGAAUCGACACAGAGAUACACGCUUCAUGGACAUUGCCGAAAGUCAAACAGAUGGACUAAUGUCCAUGGCUAAUCUUCGCUUCGGUGCGCUUAUGACGAGCAAGUGGCUUUCGUUUGGCCGCGUCUUGUUCAGUCCGGUACACUUCGAACUCAAGGAUCCCAAAGAAGAUCGCGUUCUUGUUAUCGAUGGUCUCGGCAAGGAUUGGUCGUACUACUGUGCACUUACCUAUCCUGAGGCGACUGUUUAUGAUAUGGGACCCGAUCCAUCCUCUCCGUCGUCUUCCGAGACCGCGUCUGAGCCGUGGUCGACACUAAACAAUCACCGUCACAUCUGCCAUCCCUCGCUCGGCAAGGCGUUCCCGUUCCCCAUGCAUUUCUUCGCGUGUGUCGUGCUUCGCUUCCCGACGGCUCUUCCCUCCUCGGAGCAUCGCUUUGUCCUCUCAGAAGCCAAGCGCGUUCUGCGACCGGGUGGUUACUUGGAGUUCAGCGUCCUCGAUAUGGACCUCGUCAACAUGGGCAACCGGGCGCGUCGCGCUGUCCGCGGUCUGAAGAUGCGAAUGCAGGUAGCGGAUGAGAAUAUUUCUCUCCGCAAUAUCAGCGACGAAGUCAUGGCGGGUAUCGGUCGCAAAGGAUUCGUCGAGUGCAAUCGUUGCAUUGUCGGCGUCCCCGUCGCUGGCCAACUUCCCAAUGUCGAUGAUGCCCAGGCAUCGUCUCACAAGAAGAAUAGUAGCACAGCAAGCAAGAUCCUGACUCAGCCCAAGGGACCCAAGCCAGAGGUUUCUUUCUCCGAUCUUCUCAACGUCUCUUCACCUUCUGAAACCACAGACAACGGUAUCACUGAUAUGGUGGCGCGCGUUGGCCGAUGGUGGUAUUCGCGUUGCUACGAAUCACUCGUCCUACCAGAAGCUGGCGAACCUGGAGCAGCUGCUUCAGGCAAACUCCUCCAAAACAGUAUCUGGCGUGACGAGGCCCUUGUCAACGAAUGCGAAAAGCGCGGUACAAGCUUCAAGCUUCUCAUCGGCUACGCUCAGAAGCCCGAGGUGGGCGUCCGACGCACCGUCAGCGUUUGAAAAUGAUACGUUUCUCCCGAGCUGCGCUCCAACAAAGUCCUGGAGACUUUUUUUUUUAUCUAUUUUCCUUACAUAUCAUCAUAAUGGGUGGUUGGUUUUGUGGGUUUUAUCUGGCGUUUAUGCUGCGUUCAAGCGAUUGUCGAUUUCCUUAUACCCUCGUUCUGAUUUUUCUUCUUCUACUUUUCACUCAACACACUUGCAUUGCGAAAUGGCAAACGGUCUAGCAUCAUGACUUACUACAAACUACAAAGAAUGGCGCAAGCCUGGCAGCAUCAUCGUUAUCAUCAUCAUCAACGACAACAUACUGUCUAGUAUCUUGUCAACAGACGCAUACAUGUACUAUUUACUUUCGAUCGAGUUUGAACAUACUGGCUAUGGACACACGACUUUUGAGGAAAUAUUUUUCUGUUUCUAUGGUGGAAGGCUGGAGAAGGGCCUGGUGGAUUUAUAAUACCCGGAUUGUCAACAUGGAUACGAAAGAUCAAGAUACCUGACGUAGAUAUGAAAACACAGUCGCUUGCAGACUAGUGAAUAUGAGAACGAACACUUUUUGUUGCA